CGGAAAUGACUCGUCGGGAACAAGGAGUUACAGCUUCCGUUGUCUCGCAUAGUGUGGGCUUUCUUUAAAGCUUCGCAUCAGAGUUUUUGGGUGGUGGCUGUUUGCUUCAUAAGUUCUGGAGUUUCCAGUGAAACACUAAACUGAAUUCAGCGUGGGGAUAUUAAUUUAGGACAUCUCGAAAGACAGUUUAAGCGGAUUUGAAUGCUCUUGAUAGAGAGCGUUACUUAUUUUUCUUUCUGUUUUGGAGAAUAACGUUAGCUAACAAUUCGCACAACAAAGAGUAGUCUAGUUUGAUAGUUCUGUAGCUAGCUUGUUCGCUAGAUAGCCUACCAUACAUUAUUAGCAAGUUAGCAUUAGUACCUAAGAGGAGCGGCAAGGAGUUACGGAUCGAUGCAGGCCAUAAAGUGUGUUGUUGUGGGAGACGGGGCUGUGGGUAAAACAUGCCUGCUGAUCAGCUACACCACGAAUGCUUUCCCAGGGGAGUACAUUCCCACAGUGUUCGACAACUACUCUGCCAAUGUGAUGGUGGAUGGGAAGCCAGUGAACCUGGGGCUCUGGGAUACCGCUGGGCAGGAAGACUACGACCGACUGCGUCCACUCUCCUACCCACAGACGGACGUGUUCUUGAUCUGCUUCUCCCUUGUGAGCCCUGCCUCAUUUGAAAACGUCCGUGCCAAGUGGUACCCAGAGGUCAGACACCAUUGCCCCAACACCCCCAUCAUCCUUGUGGGCACCAAGCUGGAUCUGAGAGAUGACAAGGACACGAUUGAGAAGCUGAAAGAGAAGAAGCUGACCCCCAUCACCUACCCCCAGGGCUUGGCCAUGGCUAAGGAGAUUGGAGCAGGGAAGUACCUGGAGUGCUCAGCCCUGACGCAGCGCGGCCUUAAGACGGUGUUCGAUGAGGCCAUCCGGGCGGUACUGUGCCCGCCGCCCGUCAAGAAGAGGAAGAGGAAGUGUCUGUUACUGUAAGCCUGCCGCACUACGGGGAAGAAUCUGCAAUCUGAGCUCACCUGCUGGGGUGAAGGAGAGGAAAUGCCACAAAGCAUGUACAUUCAGAUAUGCCAUUUUCUCUCAUGUAUUGUAAUUAGCACUACUUACAAUUGAUUUUAUCAUACGAGUGAAAUCAUACUGUUAGCUCUAGGAAGAAGGAAAAGAUAUCCCGACCCUUUGCCCUACUCGCAAGACUAAAGAAUUCCUGCUGCCUUCUGAUUUGUACUUUUGUUUUUUUACUUUUCUGAAUCGGUGAUCCAUGCAUGUCCUUUCUGUUUCCUUCUCUUUCCACUCCUCUUGAGAACCCAUUUUGUGUUUGUUUACAGUCUUCAAUUGUAUCGAAUUGAGGUGUUGCCAAAAUACGAACUCCACAUUACAAAGAUCAUUGUAAAUCUUCGGACACUAAAUGCAUUUUUAUUUUUGUUCAUGAGGUUUACAUCUAUAUAGCGCAGAAAUGGAAAUUGACAUCUUAAAGGAAACGGUUGUGUUGAUAAAACGUAUAAAAUUACUCAACCUUUACAGAUGUUGCAGUAGCAGCAAAGCUUUGAAGGAUCAGUGUACACUAUAGCCAUGUUGAACAAGGGGGGGGGAGAUUUGGAGGAAUCUUAAUCGGAGUGAGACGGAUUAACUCUGAAAUGCAUUACCAAUGCAAGAGGUGGUCAAACAGGAAUGCCACUCCACAAGCUACAUUUUAACUAGGAAUGCUAACAACAACCUAGCUAGCCUGCGUAACAGACAUUAGCAGUCCAGAUUUCAUCCUCCUCUUUUUGAGAGAUCAUACAGCAUUUCAGAGAGGAGGCUGAAGUGGUUCAGCCUUACACUGGAGCUGGUGUGUCUGUCAUGAUCUGCCACUCAACGGAAAAGGAGGGUGGUUCUUGGUUAUCCGCCCACAUUGUAUUGACCCCUCCAUUUAACCAAUCUAUGAAAGAAUCUAACAGAGGGAGCAUUUAUGUAUAUUACUGAAGACAUUUUUAUAAGUAUUGUCUAAAGAGCCAUCAUUGUGUAACCCAGGCUUUUAGCUUCACGUUCAGGAUUGCUGCACCAUGCUGUCUUUGGGCAUUUUACAUAAUCCACUAAUUUCACCAUUCCCGUCUUCCCAUAUUUUAUGAAUAGAACAGUUCCAAUCAGAGUAAUUUGUGUUUUGAGACUAAGCAAUCAAAUGUGAGCAUUAAAAAGUUAAAGCAAAUUGUGGCUGCUUUAGCCAUGUUGGUAACUACAAAUCACUGUUUAUUUUAUGUGAAUUGGCUGUUUAUUUUUCAUCAAGUUAUACAUUACUGUAUUUUUAAACUAACACUCAACAAUGUAUUGUUCAUUACCUCUUGAAGUUAUAACUGUUAACAUUACCUUAAUCCUAUAGUUUUAUGCAGAUAUUAUGCAAUAUUGUACUUAAGUAGCUGACUGGUAAAUUUUAGAAUUGCAAUGUUCAUUUUUUUCAACUUUUGAACAUGAUCAAAAUGUGCAGGAUUGAAACUUAAUCACACCUUUACUCAUUUAGCUGUGUUGAAAUAUGACCGUUUAAACAGUCUUGAUUAUAAGGAGCUCUUUUUUUUUUUUCAGGCAAUGGUGGAUUUUAUUUUCCCACAUAAUGAAAUGUAUAGUAACCUUUGCUGAAUUUAAAAAGCCAAUAAAUGCAAUUAAAACUCAUGAAA